CUUCACUUGGGCGCAAAGAGGCCAAGCAGAGGUGGUGAACCCUGAAAGUGAAGCUCUAGGAUAGGAGAACGGGAGCCAACAAACAAGAAGAAUAAAAGCUAGGAGGGGUCCGAGAUUCCCGCUGGACCUUGGUUCCCUUCCCUUUUCUUGGCUCAUUGGAAGGCCCUGCCUGCCAUCUGGGUUCCCGGCGACUGGCGCAGGAGAGCGUGGGGUUUUGGGAACUCCAGCAUCAACCCCAUCAUUUCUUUGGUGCACUGGCUUUUGGGGCGAAAUUGGAUCGGCUGCCAUGCCAAAAGCUGGUACGAAUGCUGAGAUUUGCCUUCUCCCCUUUGCAGUAUCAGGUGCUGUGUUCAUGGCCCAAGGGUACUGAUUGGUGGGGAUCCCAGCGCUUGCAACGGUUUUGUCCAAGGCAGCCUUGCUUCCCGUAAAUCAAAGCAGCCAAGUCUUGGAUUUUCUGCGAUCACAAUCUCAGCUCCUUAGAAAUUGCAGAUUAGGUGGCUUGUUCUCAAGCAGCCGUAAUCGCCGGAGUUGGUGAGGCAAGGGGUUAAGAACAGGGGUGUUACAGAUUGAGGAAUCCCUCCGGUCACGUCUGGUUCAUUCUUGGGCUUGGGCAUGGAGAGGCAGACCAGCUUCCGCCUGGGCGCGCUGGAGAAGCUCAAGAGCUUCCGGGGGAUGGACAACUUCCGGCGGAGCAAGGACAGCCCCGGCAAGCGUGGUGACACGCCGCUCCACCUCGCGGCGAGGGCCGGCAGUGUCUCCAAUGUCCAGAGGAUCCUUGCCGAAUCCGGCCGGGAGAUGGCCGGCGAGCUGGCCGCCCGGCCGAACCAGGACGGGGAGACGGCGCUGUACGUGGCCGCUGACAAGGGGCACACCGAGGUGGUGCGCGAGAUCCUGAAGGUCUCUGAUAUGCAGACGGCGGGGAUCAAGGCCAGCAACAGCUUCGACGCUUUCCACAUCGCGGCCAAGCAGGGCCAUCUGGAUGUAUUGAAGGAGCUGUUGCAGGCCUUUCCUGCUCUAGCAAUGACUACAAACUCUGUAAACGCCACGGCUUUGGAAACUGCUGCCAUUCAGGGUCACAUUGAUAUUGUCAACCUCCUACUGGAAACUGAUGCUAGCCUUGCCAAAAUUGCGAGAAAUAAUGGGAAAACAGUUUUGCAUUCCGCGGCGAGGAUGGGCCAUGUGGAAGUUGUAAGAUCCUUGUUAAAUAAGGAUCCAGGGAUUGGUUUGAGAACAGACAAGAAGGGACAGACGGCACUGCAUAUGGCGUCCAAAGGAACGAAUGCUGAAAUUGUGGUUGAGUUGUUGAAGCCUGAUUUCUCAGUUAGCCAUCUAGAAGAUAACAAGGGGAACAGGCCACUGCAUGUUGCGACUCGGAAGGGCAAUAUCGUUAUAUUGCAGACUCUACUAUCAGUUGAGGGGAUUGAUGUCAAUGCAGUUAACAGAUCUGGAGAGACUGCUCUUGCCAUUGCUGAGAAGAUGAACAACCAAGAACUUGUCAACAUUCUGAGAGACGCCGGCGGCGUCGUAACUGCAAAAGAGCCGGCGCAUCCUGCAAACCCGGCAAAGCAGCUGAAGCAAACCGUGAGCGAUAUCAGGCACGACGUCCAGUCCCAGAUCAAGCAGACACGGCAGACCAAGAUGCAGGUCCAGAAGAUCAAGAGCAGGCUGGAGAAGCUCCACAUCGGCGGCCUGAACAACGCCAUCAACUCCAACACGGUCGUGGCGGUGCUCAUCGCCACCGUGGCCUUCGCCGCCAUAUUCACCGUGCCCGGCAACUUCGUGGAGGACAUGAGCCAGGCGCCCCCCGGCAUGUCCCUGGGGCAGGCGUACGUGGCCAGCGACCCGGCCUUCAUAAUGUUCCUGGUGUUCGACUCGCUGGCGCUCUUCAUCUCGCUCGCCGUCGUGGUCGUCCAGACGUCGCUGAUCGUGGUGGAGCAGAAGGCCAAGAGGAGGAUGGUGUUCGUGAUGAACAAGCUCAUGUGGCUGGCGUGCCUCUUCAUCUCCGCGGCGUUCAUAGCGCUGACCUACGUCGUGGUCGGCCGCGGAGACUGGUGGCUGGCAUGGUGCACCAUGGCCAUCGGCGCGGUGAUCAUGCUCACCACCCUCGGCUCCAUGUGCUACUGCAUCGUGGCGCACAGGAUGGAGGAGAAGAGCAUGAGGAAGAUCAGGAAGGCCUCCGCGAGCCAGUCCCGAUCAUGGUCCAUGCCGGUCGACUGGGACCCGGAGCUGAUCAACACCGAGUACAAGAAGAUGUACGCGUUGUAGAUCAGGGUCACGAUCACGUCGCGGGGAUCUGUACAUAGUUAUUAUCAUCAGGCGCUGUUUCGCUCGAGUCUCUUCGAUCGAGUGAUGAAUAACUUUCAGUGGGGUUUUGACAUUUUGACAUGAACCGAAGGUACUUUUGCUGCUGAAACAGUAUCACCUCAGCUGUGCUUGUAUUGCAGCCUGGAUGGAGAUAAGGCACCUGGACCCGUCUGGUGCAUGCUGUAUGGAUUCGUGGUAGUCCUUGUAAGUGGCAUCUUGUACGCAUAA